AUGUUUAUCGUAUACUGUCUGUGCUGGUGGUUCAUCGCCUGCAACCAAGCACUGGGCCAAUUGCAGACUUUUACUCCAGCAGGAGAAAAUGGAAUAACAUACAGCGUAAAUGUCCCUGAAUCAACUGCCGGCUCCGGCUCUGGGCCCAUUUUCAUUCAGAUGCGAUCCACUAAAGCAGUACAGUGGUUCGCAUGGGGUCAAGGAGCCGUGAUGCAAGGAGCCAAUAUAUUCAUCGUCUAUGCGAGUGGGAGCAAUAUCACCGUCUCGCCACGGCUGGGGUUCGAGCACGUUGAGCCUCUUUACAACCCCCAGGCUCGAUUCUCAAUCCUCAAUGGCAGUGGAAUCAGCAAUGGAAUCAUCACAGCAAAUAUACGGUGCGAUAGCUGUAUCACCUGGCCUGGUGGCCAUGAGGAUGUGACCAGCUCGUCCAGCCCCUGGAUAUGGGCUGUGAAGCAGGGUCCCAUGCUAGGAUCAGACAGUGUCUCGGCGACUAUCACUAUCCAUGAUCUCUCCGGUGUUGCAACCGUCAACAUGAAGCAGGCAACCGGUGGCAGCUCUGAGAACCCGUUUCUCGGUGGAUCAAUGUCGUCAAAUUCCAGCUCCGCGCAGGCCGGCCAAACCAUCAACUCGUCGUCCGUCACGACGAAAAGAAUCGUGCACGCUGUCUUCAUGAUCGUCGCUUUCGUUCUCCUCUUCCCCUUAAUCGCCCUUGGAGUCCCUCUUUUCCCGUCCUCCAGGACAGUGGAUAUCCACGCCUGUCUGCAGCUCUGCACCCUUACGAUAGUAAUCGCAGGAUUCGGCCUCGGAAUCUCAAUGGCCAAGAGCCUCCAUCUCGUGAACUAUUACCAUCCCAUUAUUGGCAUUGUAGUUGUUUCAUCCCUAAUCCUAUUUCAGCCAGCGAUGGGUCUCAUCCAGCAUUGGUAUUUUCGCCGGUCGGGGAAGAAGAGUAUCGCCGCCUAUGUUCAUCGGUGGUUGGGUCGUACGUUCAUCACUCUGGGGAUAAUCAAUGCGGGGCUUGGCUUUCGUCUCACGGGCAUUGGGACUUCUAUAGCUCCUACUGGGGCGGUGAUUGCAUAUGGCGUCGUUGCUGGACUUGUCUGGGUUAGCUAUGUGUUGAUAAUUAGCUUCCUCACUUACAGGGCGCGUCAAUCUCGGAGCAAGUGA